GGCAUUGUGAAUCUCAUGGAGGCCCAAAUGGGCCUGAACUUCCAUCCAAGGAAGAGAGAGAUCCUUGAGGGCGAGCACCAUGGCCGGCUUUAAUAUCGACACACCCCGUUGGGACCAGCGCACGUUCCUAGGCAGGGUGAAACACUUCUUCAACAUCACGGACCCUCGCACUGUCUUUGUGCCAGAGCAGGAGCUGGACUGGGCCAAGGUCAUGGUGGAGAAGAGCAGGAUGGGGGCCACGCCCCCAGGCACCCAAGUGGAGCAGCUGCUGUACGCCAAGAAACUGUACGACUCUGCCUUCCACCCUGACACCGGGGAGAAGAUGAACGUCAUCGGGCGGAUGUCCUUCCAGGUGCCCGGCGGCAUGAUCAUCACCGGCUUCAUGCUGCAGUUCUACAGGACAAUGCCAGCAGUGAUCUUCUGGCAGUGGGUGAACCAGUCCUUCAAUGCCUUAGUCAACUACACCAACAGGAACGCCGCAUGCCCCACGUCACUCAGGCAGAUGGCCCUCGCCUACUUCACAGCGACAACCGCAGCUGUGGCCACUGCGGUGGGCAUGAACUCAUUGACCAAGAGAGCCCCGCCCUUGGUGAGCCGCUGGGUGCCCUUUGCCGCCGUGGCGGCUGCCAACUGUGUCAACAUCCCCAUGAUGCGACAGCAGGAACUCAUCCAGGGCAUCUCUGUGAAGGACAAGAACCACAAUGAGCUUGGCUUUUCCCGGAGAGCUGCGGCAGUGGGCAUCAGCCAGGUGGUGAUUUCCCGGAUUGCCAUGGCUGCCCCUGGCAUGAUCUUGUUGCCAGUUGCCAUGGAAAGAUUGGAGAAACUGCAUUUCAUGAAGAGAGUCAAGGUCCUGCACGCCCCGUUGCAGGUGCUGCUGGCCGGGUGCUUCCUCAUCUUCAUGGUGCCAGUGGCGUGUGGGCUCUUCCCCCAGGAAUGUGAACUCUCAGCUUCCUAUCUGGAGCCAGAGCUCCGAGACACCAUCCGGGCCAAGUACGGAGAGCACGUGCCUUAUGUCUACUUCAACAAGGGUCUCUAAAUGCCCCAUACGCCAGCCAGGACCAGCCUAAGCCCGUAUUCACCAGCUGUGCCUUAGCCACUGGGCACCUGUGUCAUUUCUACUCUGCGGGGUGGGUGGGUGGGUGGGUGCGCAGGAGAACAACCCCUCCUGGCACCUGGCUUGUGGGACUCCUCUAGGGGAUGACAGGGGAAGAAAGGACCAAAGCCCCAUCCUGCUUCUGCCUCACCCUGGCCCCCUGGAGCCCAGUGGGGAGGCCCUCUCAAGGAAGCUGCUGGCACCUGUAGCAGAUGGUCAAGGAACCAU